UAUUUUAUCUGCAUUAUGAACUAUCACAAUCGGGUGUAAUAGUUAAAGUGUUUCUUCCACUUACGCCUCUACUCUUACUGCGACCAGAUAUCAAUUAUUGUUCUUUAAAGAUCCGCUUAAUUGUACUUAGGUCAAUAGAUUUCGAAUAAUGGUCAAGUGAUCGUAUGUUUUUUGAUUUGGCAAAACGGAUAAGAUCGUCUUUGUUAAACAGCUACUCCUACUCCUUUUUUAUUUUAAUUAUUUUCUUUAUUUGCAUCUCUAAAUAAAUAUAACUUCAAUUAUAUUUAUGAUAUACAGUUUUGGGCAAAAUUGAACCCAACUUAUUGGGUCGCACAUUAACGCAUGAGCACAUAGCUCUCGAUUUUGAAGGUUUUCAUUGCGAACCUCCAACAGAGUUCAAAUCAGCACUGGAAAGCAAAAUAUCUAUGGAAACAUUGGGCUAUAUACGGCAAUAUCCAUAUUCAUCACUGGAAAAUGUUCGUUUUUAUGAUGAAAAUUCACGAGAUGCUGCCAAAAAGGAUGUGGCUUUAUACAAACAAUUUGGAGGUGGAACAAUCGUAGAGAAUAGCUCUCAUGGAUUGAAGAGAAAUUUGGAUUUCAUGGUUGAUGUCUCCAAAAGUACUGGUGUGCAUAUCAUAGCUGGAACUGGACAUUACAUACAUGAUGUCCAGGACAAAAAGGACACCUCACUAACAGUCGAGCAAAUGACUGAUAUUUAUUCAAAGGAGAUUAUAAAUGGUGUUGAAGUAGAUGGUGUCGGUAUGGUGAAGUGUGGUUUUAUUGGUGAGGUAGGCAGUACAUACCCUAUACAUGAUUUUGAAAAACGCGCCAUACGCGCUACCGGUGAGAUACAAGAAGUUUUAGGUUGUGGUGUUUCAUUUCACCCUGGUCGAGAUUCUGCUGCACCAUUUGAAAUAGUACGUCUUUACUUAGAAGCUGGUGGACGAGCUGAUAAGUGUGUUAUGUCGCAUCUGGAUCGAACCAUAUUUGAUAUAGAACAAUUAUUGGAAUUUUCCAAACUGGGCUGUUAUUUACAAUAUGAUCUCUUUGGCACUGAGUGCUCUUUUUAUCAGCUUAACCCAGCUGUGGAUAUGCCUUCUGAUGGCCAACGUAUAAAUAAUCUAAUAAAACUGAUUGAAGAAGGUCUAUGCGAUAAAAUUUUGAUGUCUCAUGAUAUACAUACUAAACAUCGUUUGACGUCUUAUGGUGGACACGGUUACCAUCACGUGCAUAUGAAUAUAUUGCCCAGAAUGUUUGCUAAGGGCUUGAGCUUAGAGCAAGUGGAUCAAAUGACUGUCACUAAUCCAGCCAAUUGGCUUCAAUUUAAUAUUUAAUAAUUGUCUUAUAUGGUGUUACAUUACAUUACAUUAUUUAAUUUAAUUAUUUCGUUACAAUAAAAAAGAAUAUUUCAAAUGAUCAGUUUUAAAGUAACGGCGAUGUUUAAAUUAUAUUAAUUCAAUAUAGAAACAAUAUUAAAUAAUAAUAAGACUUAACUAGUUUUUAACUGAUUGAUAAGUGAUAAGUUUUUAACUGAUUAAAAUGUAUUCUGCCUGAAGAAAUGUAUUUCCUAA